CAAGCAACGUAUACAAAAAAUUAAAAUUGUUAUAAGAAAUUAGUUGGAUUUGUCUGUUAUUUGGCUUUGUUUAUAACUAGAAGUGAAAUUACAUCAAACGUUAUUUCGCAAAAUGGUUGUAACUUGUGAGAUUAAUUUCGAUCAAAAUUCUCAUGGAACUUAUUUUGCUGGACAAACAAUAUCCGGAUGUGUUAUUUUGAAUACGGAUAAAACAAAAACUAUUCAAGGAUUCGCUCUAAAAAUAAUUGGCUUUGCUCGUACAAAAUGGACCGAACACUCUAACAUUAAUGGAAAAUCAAAAUCAAAUUCUCAAAAUCAAAUGACCACCUACAGUGGCAGAGAAGACUAUUUGGCGUCUACAACUUACCUUUUAGGAUCCAAGGAUAGUGAAAAUGUUGAAAUACAGCCUGGAAUUCACAAUUUUACAUUUGCAUGUGUUCUCCCUGCACAGUGCCCGUCAUCGUUUGAAGGAAAAUACGGUCACAUACGUUACUUGGUAAAAGUUGUACUCAUACGCCCAUGGAAGUUUGAUCAAACGUAUUCACGCGGCUUUACUGUUCUUAAAUUAAUGAACUUAAACUAUGACUCACCAGUUCUCAGGGUUCCUGCUGUUCAAGAGACCUUUAAAACAUAUUUCUGUGGACCCUGCACAAGUCAGCCUAUAAAGUUGAAAGUCUUCCUGCCACAAACUGGAUUUGUUCCUGGUCAAGAUAUAAUUGCCACCGUCACUGUAACAAAUGAAAGUACGCUUAAAGUGAUAGAUUUGAAGAUAUCUUUUGUGAUGCUUGUAACUUUGUUCAGUCAGCAACCGAAAAUGAAUUCGCAUUUAGAAAGAUUUAAUUUGGCUAAAAUAAAAGGAGGAUCUGUAAACUCUAAGACUUCUCGAACUCUUAGUCAUCUUAUUCGCGUUCCAGCAACACCCCCAACGUGCUUCAAUUCGUGUCGUCUAAUUAAAAUUUCAUAUGAAUUAGAAGUUGAAGCAAAACUCCAAAAAAUUCAUCAUAAUCCUCUCAUUACCAUUCCGAUUACAAUUGGAAACGUUCCGAUGGUUGAUGUGGUUAAUUAUCAGCCAUUACCGAGUCUAAACAAUUUCCAGAUAAAUCCUUCAUCGAGAACUGAAGACAUCGAUAUAUUUGAAGAGCAAGUAUCUACAAUUUCAUCGGGGAACUCACAACCUGUAAUCGAUUUUGAUGAUCUUCAAAUUUCACCGCCAUCAUAUGAAGAAGCUGUAUACAUGACUCGAGCAGAUUGUAAUGAAGAUGAUAACAAUGCCCUGGGGAAGAGUGAAUUUCUUCCAAGGUAUCCGGUUUAUUCUUGUUCAGAACUCUGUUCAAUAUCUGAAACUGAACCUUUUUCAAAUAACGAACCUCAUAAGAGUACUUGGCUGUGAUAGAAUUGUUGAAAAAACUUUUUAAUUUAAUAUUGUCUUACGUUUAUUGUUUUUGUUUUGAUGAUGAUGAUUACUGGGAAAUGUAAAUCUUUGAUUUAAUUUUAUAAGUUGAGUUUUUAUAUGUAAUGAAAAACAUUAAUCGGAUGAUAUUAUUUAAGUUAACAUUUCUAAGAUUUCGGAGACUUUUGUAUUCUCAGAAAUAUAAUCAAAAUUAAACAUGCAAAUUUCUUAAAUUUGCUGUCAAUA